AUGACUUCUGCGGUGAAUUCCGCCGCAAUUAUGAAUGAUGAAUUAACGUCUAAUACUUUAAAACGACGUCGUUCAUCAAAUAUAAUUCAAAAUGAUUUAGACAUUGAACAAAUGCCGUCAAAACGCGUUCGUACUUCAUCAUCAACUAAUAAUUCUACAUCUGAUAAUAAUAAUAAUAAUAUUCAAUCAAUGUUUAAUUGUCUUAAUGAUAUUGUUCAAUCUCAUCGUAAUCUAGUUCAUGAAUAUGUUAAUUUACAAAUGUAUGAUCGACCUGAUUUAUCAUUAGAUGAACAACGUUUUAUUCAAGCUGAAGAAGAUCUUAUUGAAAAAGUUGAAAAAAAUUUACAUGAUAUUAAUAAUACACCAUUAACACCAUCAUCAUCAUCACGUUCUGGUAAACGUCAACGAUAUCAAUCAAUAAAUUCAUCAAAUCAAUCAUUUGAUCGUGUUAAACAUGAAACACAUAUAUUUAAACGUAUUGAUGAAUUAAAAUCUGAUGGUAAAUGGACAAAUCAACGUUUAGCUAAAUGUUUAGAACCUAAAAAACGUAAAACACAUUGGGAUUAUUUACUUGAUGAAAUGCGUUGGUUAGCAGAAGAUUUUACACUUGAAAGACGUUGGAAACAAGAAAUGGCUAAAAAACUUUCUCUAGCUGUUUUAAAAUAUUUUCGUGAUAAAAAUCAAUUAGAAAAUCAACAACAACUUAAUGAAUAUAAACGUAUACGUAAACAAGCACAAUUUAUUUGUAAAGAAGUUAUGAAUUUUUGGAAAAAUAUAAAUAAAAUAGCUGAAUAUAAACAAACAACACGUUUAGAAGAAUUACGUAAACAUCAAUUAGAUUUACAAUUAAAUUUAAUUGUUAAUCAAACAGAAAAAUAUUCAAAUUGGCUUGUAAAAUCUUUACAAAUAUCAACAAAUCAAAAUCAAAUAAAUAAUGAUGAUGAAUAUCAUAUUAAUAAUAAUAUUAAUGAUGAAGAUAAUGAAGAAACAAUUGAAUAUGAAGAACAAUAUGAAAAAGAUGAAUAUGAUUUAAAUGAAAUAAAAGAACUUCAAGCUGAUCAACAAGAAUCAAUUGAAAUUUUAUUAAAACGUCAUUAUGGAAUUGAUACAUUAAAUUCAUCAAGUGAAAAAGAAAAUAAUCUACUACAAGAACAACAAGAAAAUUUAGAUGAAGAAAGUUUAAGUGAUAGUGAUACAAAUGAAAAUUUAGAUGAAGAAUCAACAUCUAAUGAAACAGAUGAAAAGAAUCAAAUAACAACUGAUAAACAAAUGAAUGAUUUAGCAACAACAGUUCAAGCACUUCAACCAACGGGAUUUACACUUAAUACUACAACAGUUAAAACACCGGUGCCUUUUUUACUUAAACAUCCAUUAAGAGAGUAUCAACAUGUUGGUCUUGAUUGGCUUGUUACAUUAUAUGAAAAUAAACUUAAUUGCAUAUUAGCUGAUGAAAUGGGUUUAGGUAAAACAAUCCAAACAAUUGCUUUACUUGCACAUUUAGCUUGUGAAAAAGGUGUUUGGGGUCCACAUUUAAUUGUUGUUCCAACGAGUGUUAUGCUUAAUUGGGAAUUAGAAUUUAAAAAAUGGUGUCCAGCUUUUAAAAUUUUAACGUAUUAUGGUUCAAUAAAAGAACGUCAAUUAAAACGUCAAGGUUGGACAAAAAUGAAUGCAUUUCAUAUAUGUAUAACAUCAUAUAAUCUUAUAUUACAAGAUUCAAAAUUAUUUCGUCGUAAAAAAUGGAAAUAUUUAAUCCUAGAUGAAGCACAUAAUAUAAAAAAUUUUAAAUCUCAACGUUGGCAAACAUUAUUAAAUUUUCAUUCACAACGUCGUUUAUUAUUAACAGGUACACCAUUACAAAAUUCCUUAAUGGAAUUAUGGUCAUUAAUGCAUUUUUUAAUGCCAAAUUUAUUUUCAUCACAUGAAGAAUUUCGUCAAUUGUUUUCAAAUCCAUUAACAGAAAUGAUUGAACAAGGACAAAUACAAACAAAUGAUUUAUUAAUAAAACGUUUACAUAAAAUUUUACGUCCAUUUAUAUUACGUCGUUUAAAAAUUGAUGUUGAAAAACAAAUGCCAAAAAAAUUUGAACAUAUUAUUAUGUGUCAUUUAUCUAAAAGACAACGACAAUUAUAUGAUGAUUUUAUUCAAUGUAAAACAACACGUAAUAUUAUUCAACAAGGUAAUUAUAUGUCCGUUAUUAAUAUACUUAUGCAAUUAAGAAAAGUUUGUAAUCAUCCCGAUCUAUUUGAAUCACGAUCGAUUAUUUCACCAUUUAUUUUUCAAAAAAAUUUAAUUCAAUAUCAAAUACCGAAAUUAAUUUUUGAUAUUAAUUUAAAAAAUCCAUAUGUUCUAUAUGAUACACAACCAAAUGAUACAUUUCUUUGUUAUCGAAUUCAAUUAACUUUACAAGCAACUAAAUCUAUGAUUAUGAAUAUAAUUAAUAAUAAUAAUAAUAAUAAUAAUGAUGAUGAUAAACGACAACGUAUUCAAUUAACAACAAGUAUUAUUGAACGAUAUAGAAAUAGUUCUAUAUGGUAUCAAUCCAAUGAAACAACAACAACAAGAACCCUUCGAAAUCAUUCCGAAAUCAAACAAAAUCUAUUAAUUGACUUAAACGAUCAUGAAUUUCAAUCAGAAAACAUUUAUCAUGAAAUUUGUAAACAACGUCAACAAGAACGUUUAGCUCGUUAUGAAUUACUAUGUCAAAUCAAUGCAGAUCGUUGUCAAUCUCGUCCGUUGUAUGGUUCUGAUGUUCUUUCACAAAUUGAAUUAGUUAUGCGUCCAUGUCAUCGCUUAAAUCGAACAACAUUUAGUGGAUAUGCAUUAUGUCAACAAGUACACGAACCAUUAAUUACAACUCAAGAUUAUAUGUCAAUGAGUGAUAUUCUUCGAACAUUAAUUAAAACAAAUCGAGAAAUAUUAGAUGAAUAUCGAGAUAUACUCAAUCGAUUUAUGAUGUGUACAACACGUGCAUUAGCAUCACCUAUUGAAUUAUUUCAAUCAAAUGGAAUUCGUUUAGCAAAUAAAAUAAAUCAACCAAAACCAUUAAUUGAAGUUUUAUCAUCAAUUGAUUUUGAUAUUCUUUCACCAAUAAGACAAAAUAUGUUUUUACAAUUUCCUGAACGAAGACUUAUACAAUAUGAUUGUGGUAAAUUACAAAGACUUGAUUUACUUUUAUCAGAUUUAAAACAUAAAAAACAUCGUUGUUUAAUAUUUACACAAAUGACUAAAAUGCUUGAUAUACUUGAAUUAUUUUUAAAUUAUCAUGGUUAUACAUAUUUACGAUUAGAUGGUACAACACAAAUUAUUGAACGACAAACAUUAAUGGAACAUUUUAAUAGUGAUGAAAAAAUUUUCGUUUUUCUUUUAUCAACACGUGCUGGAGGAAUUGGUGUUAAUUUAACCGGUGCUGAUACUGUGAUUUUUUAUGAUUCAGAUUGGAAUCCUACAAUGGAUGUUCAAGCACAAGAUCGAUGCCAUAGAAUUGGACAAACAAAAGAUGUACACAUUUAUCGACUUAUUUGUAAAAGUACAAUCGAAGAAAAUAUUUUGAAGAAAGCAAAUCAAAAACGUAUACUUGGUGAUUUAACAAUCGAUGGUGGUAGUUUUGAUAACAAAAUUCGUGAAUUAUUUGAUUCAUCAACAACAAUAGAAAAUAUUGUACGUGAACGAAAUGAAUAUCGAGAACAAUUAGAUUCGAAUCGUACAACAACUAUGACAGAUAAUAAUUUAACAACAACAGAAAUUGAAGAAGCUCUUGCUUCAGUUGAAGAUGAAACAGAUCGUCAAGCUGCAAAUGAAUUAAAUAAAGAAGUUCAAGCUAAAUUAAGUGAAUUUAAUGAAGAUGAAAUAAUUCAUCUAAAUGAAGAUCAAUUAAUUGAAAAACAAAAACAAAAAAUGAAUAAAGUUGAAGAAAAAUUAAAAACAUUCGAUGAACAACUUCGACCAAUCGAACGAUAUGCUUUACGUUGUAUGGAAGCCUAUCGUAGUGAUCAUCAAAUUUCUCAAACUGAUUCAAAUAUAUAUCUUGACACAGAACAAAUUCGAAAAGAUUGGCAAUUAUCACGUUUAAAAGCCUUGAAAGAACAAGAAGAAAAACAAUUUGAACAAGAUGAUGAUGAAAUGAUGUAUACAUAUACACGAGACAAUGAACGAAAGGUCAAAUAUAACUAUACUUAUUCAUGUGCACGAUAUAGUUUGGUAGCGAAUGAAUUAGCACGUUAUGAGAAAAAUUCUACAGUUCCCGAUGUUAAUCAUUCAUUUUUUUCUUCUCCUACACCAUCAUUAUCAGUUGCUCUUUCCAUAACUCCAUCUCCUCUUUUAUCUCCGCCUCCUCUAUCUCCUGGAAUCGUCAAACGUUCAUUCAAACCUAUCGAUACCUAUUCCCAAACUUCUAAUGAUAGUAUGGAACGACGUCGUCGUUUACAAAUUAUUUCAUCUCCACCUCUAUCACCUUUACGAUUCGCUAAUAAGCAAAGACCAUUAGUCAAGCGUCAAAUAAAACAACAAAUACCGUCUCGUAUAAAACAAAAUCAACAUAAUACUAAUAAUAAUGAUUGUCUCAACCUCAUAUCAUUUCUCAAUAGUGAUGAUGAUAAUGACUUACAUAGUAAUUCUAAUAAUAGUACUUCAAUUCAUUCGAAAAUAAGCUAUUCAUCAAAACCUAAAACAAGUAUAUCAACAUUAUUACGUGUAUCACCAAUUUUAUCUCGUAAGAAAUCAUCGUCAAUUACGAAUAAAAAAUCCGAUGGUGAACGAAAAGUUCAAUUUGGUAAUUCAUCGGCAUCAUUAAAUUCCUUGAAUAAACAAUCCAUUACAUCUGCAAUGAAUAGUGGUAAUUCGAAGUCUCGAUCUUCAGAAUCAAUACUUAUGGCUAGGAAAUCAACAAGAAAUUCAUUAUUUAUGACGAAUUUUGUUGAUCAAUCAUCUAUUUACAAAUCGUCAAAUUCUCGUUCAUUAUCAACAACUGGAGCUCAUUAUCGAACUCGAUCACAACAACAGUCAAAAUCACAAAUAGUUGAACAAAAAAUACGAAAUAAAAAAAUCUAA